AUGGCUUUUGGUUGUGUUUCUCGGGGAAUAACUCCCUCCAUAGGAUCUGCUAUUCUUCGCGGUGUCCAUCUGUGCACUUCAGCCGUUGGGCCUGCAUGCCAGGGGCGUUCUGCAGCUUCGGAUGAUACCCCGUCGCUGCUGCAGUCUUUACAGGACGAACUACAGAAGACGGAGGCCCUCUUGCAGCCGGAGGGAUGUGCUUCGGAUGACUCUUCCUCUCUGCUGGCUCCGCGCUGCCAGCAGCAGCGGCAGUUGCUGCAACAGCAGCAGCAGGAGGCGAUCACCAAAUCUCUAGAGAGCCUCGCUGCCAAGGCUCCCGACACGCAUCAGGAAGACGAUCAGCUGCAGAUUUUGCUGAAGAGGGCAGUGGAGGGUCCUGGGGAGGGUGGCGUUCACCUUUUUGACGUGUAUCGCAUUCGAGAGGGACAGUUUGGGGAGGCUGGCAGCGCGGCACUGAGUCGCAUUGAGCGUGAGACCGAAGAGGCAGCGGAAAAAGAAGCAUCCGAUUCUGCUGCCUCGGGAAUCGAAGGCCUCUCGCCGUUAAAGAUAGCCGAAUCUGCCCCUGAAGGGGCGCAGAGGGUUGCCGCAGCAAUACGUGGUCUUCCUCCUCAUCUACUGAAGCCGCGGCAGGAGCAGCCGCUACAAGAGGAGCUG